UUACGUGCCUGGGAAUUGCGUCAAUUUGUACUUUAGCAUUUGAAAAAAGUGCUGUGAGCGUGGCGUGGGGCUGGUGGAGAGUGAGGCGAAUGUGCGGUUUUGAAACCAAAGGACCGUAAGUCCCUCUCCCUCCAAACGAGACCGUCCCGCGGGCUCUGCGGCCGCCUCUGGACCGUCCGGAGAGAACAUGGCGGCGCCCGGAGCCCGGAGCUGCAGCCUCUCGAGCCUGCUCCCGGCUCAGACCUCGCUGGAGUACGCUCUGCUCGACGCCGUCACCCAGGAGGAGAAGGACAGCCUGGUCUACCAGUAUCUGCAGAAGGUGGACGGCUGGGAGCAGGACUUGUCAGUGCCCGAGUUUCCGGAAGGAUUAGAAUGGCUGAACACAGAAGAAUCUAUUUCUGUCUACAAGGAUCUAUGUGGAAAAGUGGUCGUCCUUGAUUUCUUCACCUACUGCUGCAUAAACUGUAUCCACCUUUUGCCUGAUCUUCAUGCAUUAGAACACACAUACUCUGAUAAAGAUGUCUUUCUGAUUGUUGGUGUUCACUCGGCUAAGUUUCCAAAUGAAAAAGUCCUGGAUAACGUUAAGAGUGCUAUUCUUCGAUACAACAUCACCCACCCUGUGGUUAAUGAUGCAGAUGCCAGCCUUUGGCAAGAACUAGAAGUUUCCUGCUGGCCAACUCUGAUCAUACUUGGACCCCGUGGAAACAUGUUGUUUUCUUUGAUUGGAGAAGGACAUAGAGAGAAAUUACUUUUAUAUACUUCAAUAGCUUUAAAAUAUUACAAAGACAGGGGACAGAUCAGAGAUAAUAAAAUUGGAAUAAAACUCUAUAAGAUUCUUGCCACCUUCACCAUUGCUGUUCCUGGCAAAGUAACAGUAGACCAUGUUUAUAAUAGAUUGGUAAUAGCAGCUGGACAUCAUAGAAUUUUGGUCGUCUGGAGGAAUGGACAAAUUCAGUACAGCAUUGGAGGACCCAACCCUGGAAGAAAAGAUGGAAUGUUUUCAGAGUCAACUUUUAACUCACCACAAGGUGUGGCCAUAAUGGAUAAUAUCAUAUAUGUGGCAGAUACAGAAAACCACCUUAUAAGAAAGAUUGACCUAGAAGCUGAGACGGUGAGCACUGUAGCUGGCAUUGGAAUUCAAGGUACAGAUAAAGAAGGUGGAGCUAAAGGAGAAGAACAGCCCAUUAGUUCUCCUUGGGAUGUAGUUUUUGGAAGGUCAGGUUCAGAGGUCCAAAGAGAUGACAUUCUGUGGAUAGCCAUGGCAGGGACUCAUCAGAUAUGGGCAUUCCUGUUGGACUGUGGCAGAUUACCAAAGAAAAAUGAGUUAAAAAAAGGAACCUGCCUUCGGUUUGCUGGAAGUGGAAAUGAAGAGAAUCGAAAUAACUCAUAUCCUCACAAAGCAGGUUUUGCCCAACCUUCAGGUCUUUCUCUGGCCUCAGAGGAUCCCUGGAGCUGCCUGUUUGUAGCAGAUAGUGAGAGCAGUACAGUGAGAACCGUCUCGCUGCAAGAUGGAGCAGUGAAGCACCUUGUGGGAGGAGAGAGAGAUCCCAUGAAUUUAUUUGCUUUUGGUGAUGUUGAUGGAGUAGGAAUCAAUGCAAAGCUUCAACACCCACUUGGAGUAACUUGGGACAAGAAAAGGAAUUUACUUUAUGUGGCAGACUCUUACAAUCACAAGAUUAAAGUUGUGGAUCCAAAAACAAAAAACUGUACAACAUUAGCGGGAACUGGAGAUGCAAGUAAUGUUAUCGGUUCCAGUUUUACCAACUCAACUUUUAAUGAACCAGGAGGCUUGUGUAUUGGAGGGAAUGGUCGGUUAUUAUAUGUGGCAGACACCAAUAACCAUCAAAUUAAAGUGAUGGAUUUAGAAACAAAAACAGUUUCUGUGCUCCCAGUCUUCAGAUCUGAAAGUGCUACGGUGGACGGCCCAUUCCUAGCAGAAAAACAGAAGACCUUACCCAGACUACCUAAAUCUGCUCCAGGCAUUAGACUUUCCCCAGUGGCUGCAUCUCCAGGGCAAACUCUUCAGUUCAAGCUAAGAUUAGACCUCCCAUCAGGAACAAAGCUAACUGAAGGAGCACCCAGUUGCUGGUUUCUAUCAGCUGAAGGCAAUGAAUGGCUUCUUCAAGGACAGAUACCAUGUGGAGAGAUAGAGAGCAUUUCCAGUCAACCAACAAUCUCACUGCAGAUUCCUGGGGAUUGUUUAGCACUUGAAGCCGUUCUAUCUAUCAGCGUAUUUCUUUAUUACUGUAGUGCAGACAGCAGUGCCUGUAUGAUGAAGGGAGUUUUGUUCAGUCAGCCUUUACAAAUAACCGAUACACAACAAGACUACAUACCUCCAGUAGAACUCAAGUAUAUAUUUUAGCAAGCUGGCCAGCAUGCCAGUGCCUCCUCUUCUCCAUCCCCACCAUCACUGUGUAAUUUAUGAAAAGAAGCUUUAUUUCUGCCUCUGGGUACCCAGAAACCCAUUGUUGAGCUCUCGCAACUGAUACUAAAAUAAAGCUAUGCUCCUUAUUUAUUUAUUAUAGACAAAUUCCUUCAUUCUCACUGUGUACCAGCUAAGUCAUUGACCGUGAUUUGAACCAUGAUCCUGUAAUCUGUGCUGCUAUUUGGCACAAGACUUAAGUCCACAUUAUAGGACAGAAUAUCAUCAUGAGAUAAUUUGCAGUGAAUACUGAUAACAAUAAUGAUACCAAAUAUUUUAACUAACUUUUUUACAUUUUUCAAGCAGCACUUCUGAAUGUGUAAAUUUCACAAUAACUUUAAACAGAAGUUAAGAUCCAGUCCACGUAUUAUAAGGACACCUGCCAUUCAAGGUGUAAGGUCUGUUUUAGGCCCCCAAAAAUGUCUUUUCAUCACAGUAGCAGCUUAAAGAGUACCUAGGUGGUAAAAAUGUUCUUUCUUCUCUUCUGCGAUUUUCUCAUUUGAGAUAUAUUUAUUCAGUCUAUUUUAUUAUAAAUUAUUUGCUAUUUUAACAUACCAUUAUUAAUGGUAUGUUAAAUAUUCUGUAUAUUUCUAUAUACAGAAAAUAUAUUUCUAUAUUUCUAAAAGUUAGAGUCUCUAAGGACAUACAGGCUCACUCCUUUAACUUUUUUCUGAAUGAACAGUCUUACCAAAUAACAGAUGAAUCCACAGAAAUGUUAUGACUUUCAAGGAGAAAGGGACUUUGGGACACAUUACUGUCUGUGAUACCACUUAAAGAACUGUGACACUGAAUCUGAUGUAAAUGGGUGUGUAUGUUGUCUUAGAAGUUUACAUUUCAGUUGAAGCAUUAAAUGCAGAUUUGUUGGGUUUGGGGGGUUUUUUUGGUUCCCAUAUUCAGAAUUUUUAAAUGAUGAUCAUUUAUUGUGAUGUUUUUAAAAAUUACUGUCAAGCCUUCAAAGUGAAAAUUUCAAUGUGAAGCACUUUCAUGCUAUUAAUAUGUAUAGUAUAUCUUAAUAUAUUACUUUAAAAUAUUAAGGCGGAAACAUACAGUGAUUUGAUGACACUGUUUUUGGUGGGGUUUUUUUAACCUUAAAAGAAAUAGUCACCAGAAGAUAUUGAAAGGUUUUUUUAAUCAUAAUUUCUCUUUAUAACUAUUUUAAAAGCCUCUGCUUGUUUUUACUAAAACUGAUUCAACAUGUUUGUGGUUUAAUCAGCUUACAAGAUUUUUAAAAACAGGUGAAUCACAUUUAUUCAGUAAAUAUUUAUAGACAAUAUAGCAUAAUAUGCCUUCUCCCUUCAAAACCAGUGCUCAAUUUGAAGUGUAAUUUUUUAAGCAUGAUCAUCUUUAUAUUUUUUUGAACUAUAGUUUUGAACAUACUAUACACUUCUUUUAUUCAGGUUACCUAAAUCUGAAGUAAGGAAAUGCAUAGAUCAUGACUUUCAUUUAAUUUGUAGCCUGCUAAAGAUAUUUUUAAAGAGAAGUAGUAUAAAUGUAAAGUUAAAAGGAAUUCUGUUUAAAAUUAUAUAUACGUACCGCAUAAACCUUUUCCAUAAAAAAAAUAUGUUCUGUAAUAAAGGGAUAUACAACAUUAAUUUUCUCUUUUAUGGAGAAUAGGCCAUAGUAAUUUUUUAAUCUCAUUUUAUUAUUAUAGUUCUCAUUUCCAGUUGGACAGGAUAGUUUGGCUUAAUUUUUUCCUAUUUAAGGACAAUAAUUUCACUCUGGAAGAAGUAUAUACAGUUUUAAAUUGCUAUUUCAGGAAUGCCUGAUAACUAUUUUUUCAGUAUUAUACACAAAUAUACACACAGUAUGUAUUUUCAUGUACACUAAAAUCCAAAAAUUUCUUAGAAUAUAUUAAUGUUCACUUCGUCUAGACAGUUUUCUGUUAGUAUUAAGCUUAUGCUCUUGACUUUCAAAGUACAGUUUUACUGAACAUUCUUAUUCUUAGCCAGCCACUAGUCUGCAUUGUUUUUUACGUUCAAAAUAUUAUUUAUAUGGAUUGGUAUGAUUUUUUUGUAAAUCAUAUUAAGCAGUAUAAAUAGGUUCCUAGAAUUUAUGACUAACAUAAAUCUCUUACAUAAGAGGAAGCACUAGAAAGUUUAUUUUUAAAAACUUUGUGAUUCCUGACUUCUGUUUUCUAUAAGGAUUUCUGCAUAUUUUUUAAUUUAUGCAUGAGGAAAAGCAAAAGUUAUGUUCAGUGAUAGUUUAAAAAAAGAUUUUAGUGUUAGUCACUGUAAUCAAAGUGCCAGUAAUGUGGCAUUACAUACACUUAGACAUAAUACCUGGGAUCUUUGCCCUAAAUUAUUAUGCUGCUUUGUCACCAUUUUUUCUGCCACUCGUUAUGAUAUCAUUUCACAAAUGGUAGAAUUUUCUUUUCUGAAUUUGUACUCAGGAUUGAUAUCUCUGAAAAGAAUUUUGCUUAUCUUGAAAAUGCUGUCUGAAGCAAAUAUUUAACCUUUUCACAAGGGGAAACUUUACAGUUUAAUCACCCAUAAGUGUAACUUUGGUAAAGUUCAAUGACUAAAUAAUUGUCUCCUUAACUGUUCUAAUAAUAUAUUUAGCUAUAGUGUUUUCAGGCCUGCAGAAAGCUAUAAAUCUUAAAAGAGCCAAAAAAAGCUUAGUAUAUGUAGAUGAGUGUAUGUAUAUAUGUAUGUGUAUGUAUACUUAUGCAGAUACAAAGAUCAACUCCAUUUCUCACAUGGCCAAUAUACUUUGGAGCUAGUACCACUGAAAUAAGUUAUUCUCUGCUUGUUUUUCCAUAGUUGGAAAAUUUGCGAGGACAUUAAUAAUACAUACCUCUGUAAUAUAAUUUUCUGCUUGCCCAACAUUUAGCAUUAGUUUAUAUCUGCCAAUUAAAAACAGUCUAGCCAUUAUAUUUGGCAUCAUGUUUAAGAACAAUCAUCAAAAACUAAAUUUCAUAGCUCAAGAAUUGCAUAAAAAUAUACGCAGAGGGACUGUGUCAGUGGUGGACUCUGAAUGGUGGUCUUGUGAAUAUUUUUCUUUUCUACUUUUCCGUAAUUUUUUUUUCAUUGAGCAAUGGGUUAUUUAAAUGAAAAAAAAACCCCAACUGGGAAUGUGCUUUAAAGAUUUAAAAUGAAAUGAACAGUAAGGACUUGCUCUAUAAUAGCUUUUCUAAAGUCACUUUUAUUACCAAAGAUCAGAACACAGUUUAGAGCUCUUUGAUCUACCACUUCUCUUAAGUAUGUGAUUUGGUGGAGACAGAAAUGAUUAUGGAGUUUUUAUUGUGUGAUGUAGCAUAGCGUUUAUGAGCACAGACUUUGCAGUCGCUUGGCUUCUGCCCUAUAAACUGGGGUUGCUAUACCUGCCUUAUGGAGUUGCUGUAAGGACUCAAUGAAAUAGUGUUUGUAGAGCAGUUAGUAAAUAAUGAAACUGCUAGUUAUUGGCUUAGUUAAUAAUAAUGAUAAUAACAUGUCUAUAAACACAUGGUUUCACAUUUUCCUUGCAACCACAGUUUCUAAAGGAAACUAUUUCUCUAUCAACUGUUUGGUAUUUAAUACACUCCAUAGAGUUGGAAUUCAAGAAGAGAAAGUUUUAUAAUAAACAUGUUACUAUUUUAUAAACAUUGUUAUAAAGAAACAUACCUACAGUUUUGUUUUUUAAAGUUUUUUUUAAGACCUGGAACUAUGAGUAAUAAACUUCCUUAGAGGGUCCAGACAUACCCUAAACCACAUUCCUGGAACAUACUCUGACGGUGCUUUCCCAAAUCUUCCAAGUGCCUUCAUGCGUUUUGCCUCAUUUGAGCUUCAGAAUAACCUUAUGAAUCAGACAGGUAGAUCUUAUGUCCAUUUUACAGAUGAGGAAGCAGCUUUAGAAUGUUGGCAACGUGUCUCAAGAUCAGCGCCCCCCGAAGAAUGGCUGUUGCUGGAGUGGUGCCCGGUGCAGACAGUUGCUCAGCCAGUCCUGUUGAAUGACUAAGGGUGACUAGUGAGUGAUGGAUCUUUUAUUUGCACACAGAUCUCCUGAUUCCUAGCUGUACUCCUAGAUGUAGAGUGAAAACAGACUGGGAUUAAGAGUACUUACUUUGGUGAAUGCUUUCUUAAGCCUUUGGCAAUACUUAAAUAAAGUAAUAAUAGCUAAAUUUAUUCAGUGCUUACUAUGUGCCUGACACUUUUCUAAGUGCUUUCUGUGUAUUAACUAAUUUAAUCCUCACAACCACCUUAUGAGGGAGGUACUAUUUUUCCUUAUUUCCCUGAUGAAGAAACUGAGACAUAAAAUAAGCAGUUACACCAGUGUAAUGGAGAUCACACAUUUAGGACUGGCCGAGCCUUGGUGCGUCUACUCAACUACCAUGCUGUGAUGCCGGCCUCUCAAUUUUUUUUUUUUUUUUAAGCAUAAAUCUUCAUAGUUAUAUAUAGUAACUAAUCAACACAAAGAACCCAAAAAAUCCUAGUGGUGAUUGUUUUUGAAAUGUAAAGUAAAUCCGUUUAAUUAUAUUAGCUUUGGGGACUUUUCAUUGUACAUAGUUAUCCUUCAGGGUUUGGAACAGUCUGUGUAAUUGUUUUUCCCAGAAGAUUUUAUGUGCCAUUCUUUCUUAAAUUCAGAUAUUAUCCAGUUUUUCUUGGCAGAUGGAUGUAUUAAAGAAUUAAAUAGCUUUUCAGUUCUACUUCCAACAGUGCUAUUUUAAUUGGUCUUCAGAAGGUAAUUGUAAGACCUUCUCACAGAAUUCUUAGCACAGGACUCUCUCAAACCCUUAAAAGCUUAUUCAUAUUUAAGAAAAUACCGUUUUAAUAACCAAAGUGAGCUCUAGAAACAUAAUAUUUGGCCAGUCUGUUAACACAAAGUCAUCUGCCUACUUGAUUCAUAAAUAGCACUGAAGUAUGUAGGCCUCACCCCACCCCCCCAAGACUCAAAUAUUUGCAAUUCUAUUACAGUAAAGUUUUCAGCAGGUCAACCUAUGAUUCCAGCUUUAGGUACUGUUAAAAGGUAUGAAGUAAAAUGCUACAUACCAUUGAUUAUGAUUCAUGAUCAUCCAAAUACAAGAAUGCAGAUUUUUUCAUUUAAAUUGUUUGCUAAUUUAAAUAUUAUAAUUUGUUAACAUUGUUAUAAAAUUCCACUUCUGAAACCCAUAAAGAAAUGUACAUCAACUUGAAAAGGUAAUGAUAGCGUCAUACUUUAGAAUUCACUGUUAAUCACCAAGGUUUCCUCGUCUUCCUCCUCCUGUGGCACAUGGUUUGUUUUUUUUUUUUUAAUGAAUUCACACUAACCGCAAGUCAUGAUUUUGUCCUGAAUAAUUAAAAGUUUGCUUUCUUUCCCCCCAUUUCCUUGCAGUAGGGUAACAGAAAGCAUGGCGUUAAGAGUUAGAGGCUGGACUGAUCUCCUGUGUGUAUUCUGUGACCAGCAGACCUUGGCCCUUUCACAUAUUAUUAGACUGCAGGUCAGCCUGGCUGCUUCGGGCCGAGGCUGCCGGUCUGACCACAGCCUGGGAAAAGCAGAACAGGAGGCAGCGUGGUCAGCUUCUCUGACUGCAUCCCCUCCAUUUCUUAGUGUGCUGAUUUGGUUUAGUUUUUUUCAAAGGUUGGAGUUGGAAAAUGAGAACCCUAGAUACUUGUGGAAUGUUUGUCCGGCUAUAGUUAUUCCUUGUUUGGCGUGUCCCUCUUCCUCACUGGCAUGUCGCUCUCAAGUGGACCGAAGGACAUUUUGUUCUGUUGAAAGCCCCACGACCAAAAGGAAAGAAUUGCCAAGUAUUUCCCAAUCUACUUCCCGGCCUAUACCAACAACCAUAUACUAAGAAGCACUAAACAAGCACAGUGGAGCGCUUAACAGCCAUAUAGUCAAAAGUAUUUUUGUAACAUGUCAGGGCACGGCAUGAAUUCCUUCCUCUUUAAGCAGCAACUUGCAGACCUGCUGUUUUUCAGUAAUACAGAAUUAAGCAAAAGUGUCAGAUUUUUUUAUGAGUUAGAUGGACAAGCAGAAUUUAUUACCUUUUGUUUUUAAUAUACUUGGUUACAUAUUUACCUUUGAAAUAAAAUGAAAUGAGACCUCAUAAUACUGAGAGGGGAAAAAAAAAUCAGCCCUCAGAUUUGAAUAGAACCAGUUUAAACAGUAUUUUUGAUUCUUUAUCUAGUGAAAAGUAUGAAAAGUAUGUGUUAAGGUAUAUAGGGCAAAACAGUUGAUAAAUUAUGGUAACGAAGGGUAAAAAUAGACACGUUCCUUUCUGAAAAUGAAGAAGGGCUCAGCCUUGGAACUAUCUUCCAUUUUUAGAUGUUGUAGUCAUUAUUCUUAAUCCCACCAGAAAUAUAUUCAUUCUGUGAGCAUGUGCAGGAUGGCUACCUGUUGUGUUCAUUACACUGUUCAGACACUAACAAGUAUGUGUUUGUAUGGAGUUGGAAUGUGUUUUCCCCGAGUGCCCCUGAUGUUCAUCAUCCAAAUUUACCUGUAAAAACACAUGACCGCUUCCUCUCCACACCUUAGGCUUCCCGCUCUUGGAAAACAAUAGUAUAGUAGUUUCUAUAGAAUUUUCACUGAGGAACUAUAUGGUUCCAGAAUAACAGAUACAGUAGAUUGGUUUUGCUGUGGUAAAUUUUUCUUCUAAAAUUCCUAAUACGUCAGUUUCCAAAGGAGGAGAUCAGUACCCGACAUGACUUUAGAAGUAAUUUCUCUCUACUUGGAGGUAUAUGUUUCUAAUUAUAUUAUACAUAGGUUAAUAUUUUUUAAAAGUUUGAAAUGUUCACUGUUAGGGUGCAUCGAGAGCCAGUUUAGAAAUGUUUUAAUUGCUGUCAUUACUUCAUGUGUGGAUUAUGGACAAAUCAAAGUUUGCUUGUGAUACAUAUAUAUCACACACAUACAUAUAUACACACACUCACUCAAAUUGUAACACUGCAUAAAUUUGUCAAAUUUUAAAAACUCAGACUCUUGCCUUCUUUUGUGUGUAUAAACUUGUGAUUUUAUUUUUGAGAAUAGAGUUGGUCUGCUGUGCUAACUUCAUCUCUGUCAUUCCAAGGGUUUGAUUAUUUCUAUUUUUUCUUCAAAAAUAAAAAAAGAAAUGAAAAUCCAAUUUACAGGGUCAUAUAUUGAUAUUUCUAGACAUGGUCAAGUUCUAAAAGAAUUUACUUGGUCUGCAUUUUUAAGCAUUUCAUGUAGAUAGAGUAAUAUAUUUUUAUACAACACUGUUUCUACAUUUAUUUCAAGUCUAUUUUCAGUGACUUUUUCAAGUGCGUGUGUUAACAGAAGAUGGUUUGGAAUGAGUACACAGUGGCCUUCGUUACCAACUCGAAGUGUAUAAUAUGUGUGAUUAUAGAAAACAAGAAUCUGUUUAUACUGUACACUGAAACCUAAUGCCGCUCUUCUAAAGCUUUGUACAUUAUUUUCAUGAAAUAGAUUAAAUAUUUUCCCUCUAAA